CCAGCAGCAGCGGCGGUAGCUCAGGUCAGUUAGUUCAGUCAGCAGUCAUCCGCGCAUCUAUCUAUAUUCCCUUUUCUUAAAUUAGCCACUUUAAGCUUCGCGAUACCGCCCCCAAUUUCAGCGUCGGUACGGAGCCGCCAGGCCGGGACAGAGACGGAGAGAGAGGCCUCGGCCAUGGAAGCGCUCGGACCCGGCCCGCCCGCCCCUCCCUCUCUGUUUCAGCCUCCGCGGCGUCCCGGCCUCGGCACGGUGGGGAAACCCAUCCGGCUCCUGGCUAACCACUUCCAGGUGCAGAUUCCCAAGAUUGAUGUCUAUCACUAUGAUAUCGACAUCAAGCCUGAGAAACGGCCUCGGAGGGUCAACAGGGAAGUGGUUGACACCAUGGUGCGGCACUUCAAGAUGCAAAUCUUUGGAGACCGACAGCCUGGCUACGACGGGAAGAGGAACAUGUACACAGCACAUCCACUGCCAAUUGGGAGAGACAGGGUGGAUCUGGAGGUGACCCUGCCGGGCGAGGGGAAAGAUCAGACGUUCAAGGUGUCUUUGCAGUGGGUGUCCGUGGUCAGUCUUCAGAUGCUGCUGGAAGCCCUGUCAGGUCACCUUAAUGAGGUUCCCGAAGAUUCGGUUCAGGCUUUGGAUGUCAUCACACGGCAUCUGCCCUCCAUGAGGUAUACUCCUGUGGGGCGUUCGUUUUUCUCCCCUCCAGAGGGCUAUUAUCAUCCUCUAGGUGGAGGCAGGGAGGUAUGGUUUGGGUUCCAUCAGUCUGUUCGUCCUGCAAUGUGGAACAUGAUGCUCAACAUCGAUGUGUCAGCCACAGCUUUCUACCGUGCUCAGCCUGUGAUCGAGUUCAUGUGUGAGGUGCUCGAUAUUCAGAACAUCAACGAACAGACCAAACCACUGACGGACUCACAGCGAGUCAAAUUCACCAAGGAAAUAAGAGGUAUGAAAGUUGAGGUCACCCACUGUGGUCAAAUGAAGAGGAAGUACCGUGUGUGCAAUGUGACACGCCGACCUGCCAGCCACCAAACGUUCCCCUUACAACUCGAGAACGGCCAAGCCAUGGAGUGCACAGUAGCUCAGUAUUUCAAGCAGAAGUACAAUCUGCAGCUCAAAUAUCCACAUUUACCCUGCCUGCAAGUAGGACAGGAACAGAAGCACACCUACCUUCCCCUGGAGGUCUGUAACAUCGUAGCAGGCCAGCGCUGUAUCAAGAAACUGACUGACAACCAGACAUCCACCAUGAUCAAAGCUACAGCUCGCUCAGCCCCUGACAGACAGGAAGAGAUCAGCAGACUGGUCAAAAGUAACAGCAUGGUCGGGGGUCCGGACCCUUACCUGAAGGAAUUUGGCAUUGUUGUGCACAAUGACAUGACAGAAGUGACGGGGCGUGUCCUCCCAGCGCCCAUGCUGCAGUAUGGGGGCCGGGUGAGUACAGACACAGGGCGGGACUGUGGCAGGGGACUCUCUCCGCAGAACAAAACUGUGGCCACGCCCAACCAGGGCGUGUGGGACAUGCGAGGGAAGCAGUUCUACGCAGGCAUCGAGAUCAAGGUCUGGGCUGUGGCCUGCUUCGCCCCACAGAAACAGUGUCGAGAGGACCUGCUGAAGAGCUUCACUGACCAGCUGCGAAAGAUCUCAAAGGAUGCUGGGAUGCCCAUUCAAGGCCAGCCAUGUUUCUGUAAAUACGCCCAAGGAGCUGACAGUGUGGAGCCCAUGUUCAAACACCUCAAGAUGUCUUAUGUAGGUCUGCAGCUGAUCGUGGUUAUCCUGCCUGGCAAAACACCAGUCUAUGCUGAAGUAAAGCGGGUGGGCGACACCCUCCUGGGCAUGGCAACCCAGUGUGUGCAAGUGAAGAACGUAGUGAAGACGUCCCCUCAGACCCUCUCCAACCUGUGCCUCAAGAUCAACGCCAAGCUGGGAGGAAUCAACAACGUCCUGGUGCCUCAUCAGAGGCCCUCUGUGUUCCAGCAGCCUGUCAUCUUCCUGGGUGCGGAUGUCACACAUCCUCCAGCAGGUGAUGGGAAAAAGCCGUCCAUUGCGGCGGUGGUGGGCAGCAUGGAUGGCCACCCCAGCCGAUACUGCGCCACAGUGCGAGUCCAGACGUCUAGACAAGACAUGUCCCAGUGCCCCUCCCCUCCGCCUGUCCAGGAGCAGCUCUUCAGUCAGGAGGUAAUCCAAGACUUAACCAAUAUGGUGCGCGAACUGCUCAUCCAGUUCUACAAGUCCACGCGCUUCAAGCCCACGCGAAUCAUUUAUUAUCGUGGUGGUGUGUCUGAGGGACAAAUGAAACAGGUGGCGUGGCCGGAGCUGAUAGCAAUCAGGAAGGCCUGUAUCAGUCUGGAGGAGGAUUACAGGCCGGGCAUUACUUAUAUUGUGGUUCAGAAACGUCACCACACUCGUUUGUUCUGCUCCGACAAAGCUGAGAGGGUUGGGAAGAGCGGUAAUGUCCCAGCAGGCACCACGGUGGACAGCACCAUCACACACCCGUCCGAGUUCGACUUCUACUUGUGCAGCCAUGCUGGGAUUCAGGGAACCAGUCGUCCCUCCCACUACCACGUCCUGUGGGAUGACAACUGUUUCACUGCUGACGAACUGCAGCUCCUCACCUACCAGCUGUGCCACACCUACGUCCGCUGCACGCGCUCCGUCUCCAUCCCAGCACCAGCCUACUACGCCAGGCUAGUGGCUUUCCGAGCCCGCUACCACCUGGUGGACAAAGACCAUGACAGUGCUGAAGGAAGCCACGUGUCGGGCCAGAGUAACGGCCGGGACCCCCAGGCAUUGGCCAAGGCAGUUCAGAUCCACUAUGAUACCCAGCACACCAUGUACUUCGCCUGAGCUAGCGAGCACGUCAGCCAGUCCACCCGCGGAUUCCCUUUCUUUCUGUCUUUUUAUCUCUUAUUUGCCAGUCUCUCUCUCUCUCUUCUUCUCCUUCUCCCACAUCUCUCUCUCUUUGUAGUCUGUCUCUUCCUCUUCACACUCACUCUACAUUUUCUGAAUCUGCACCAAAGCGGCUCUCGGACAGGGGGAAUCUGCUGUGUCUCGAUGUCCAGCAGGUUUUUAUUUCAAGGAACAAUCUCCAACCAGCGUUCCCAAUCGAGCCGCCUCUCAAACCAGCAAUCCAGCACUGCGAACCCUGAGGGUUUCCAAUGCACAAAAGGAAAAGAAAAAAAAAAAAAACACGAAAAAACAAAAACAAACCAUACACACACAUUCUACAAGUUGAGCCAUUAUUUUGCGUUUGUUUUUGUUUUUUCUAUUUGAAUGUCUGCACUCUUGUGUUUGUAAGAUACACUGAGCAAGGGAGUGGACUGGCACUAUCUGUGUCAGCGCAGCUCUUUAGCUCUCCCAGCUAAGCAGGACUCUUAUCUACUUUUACCUCAAAGCCCCUUUGGGCAAAAUCUGUCACAAGGUCUUGGGUUUAUUGGGUGGUUGGGAGGGAACUCUACAUGAAAAGAGAUGGAGGGGGAGUCGACCUUUUGAGAAUGAUAUAUAUAUAUAUUUUUUUCCUUUUUAUGAGCGUGUGUUUUAACUUUUUCUCCUUUACGGUCUUUAACAAGCGAGGUGACCUGGGUGUCCAUGCCCAUUACUAUUUUCCUCCCAUCUUAGCGACGAAUACGCAAGUCUGUCUGUGUGCGAGUGUGUCUGUGUGUGCAUCUCUGUAUAUACAUGUACUGCUGUAUGAGAGUGUGUUUGUGUGUGAAUGUGUGUAUCAUGGCAGGCCACUGAAUUGUAAAGGGAAAUCAUGGAGAUAACUGCUGUAAAUGACUCAGAUUUGUUGUUUUUAUAUUCACACAUACAGUACAUAUAAGCAUAUAUUUACAUCUAUAGAGCAACUUUGAGACAUAUGACUUAAACAAGCCUCAUUGAGGCUGGUGUGGGUAUUUGUAGCAGCCCUGGGUCACUUGUUAGUUGAAGUGCUUUGAGUUGCAUUUUGACCACGCGUGUUAGCGUUCUGCUAGUGCAUGAUGGGUGGGAUUUGCACCUUGUGGAGCCAGCUGCUCCUUUUGUGCUGCUAAACAUCACUGAAUCCCAAGAAAGGUAACUUAUUCCAUUUCAAGUAGCAAGUGAAGUCAGGUCUGACUGUGUAGCAGUGGUAACCGUGGUCUGGCCUGUGACUGGCUCAGCAUUGGGACCUGUUGAAUGGCUGAAGGCAUUAAACGCAGAGUAUGGUCUUUAUCAGCCUUGCUGUCUGUGUGAAGAGCAGGAUCUUAUUUUUCUUUGGACCUGAUUAUCUGAAAGAUUAUAUGAUGACACUGCUGGACGUUGCUUUUUUUUUUUUUUUUGUAGAAUUAGUAUCAAGGGCCGGAAACCAACAUAGUUUUUGAGGUCUCCUUUGCUAAUAUUGGCCAAUUCAUUGCACUGACCCGGGACGCUAGGCAAGCAACAGAGGGCACUCUCAAUCUCUCUUUACCUUUAUGCAUUUAUACAUACGAAUCAACAAAGCAGAUUUGUAAAAGUUUAAUAUAAGAUGUUUUGUGGUUAUCUUAAAAAAACAACUCUUGUUUAGAAUUAGUAGUUUACCAUUGAUGUUGUUGUUGUUGUUAUCGUUGUUGUCAAUGUUGUUACUAUUGUGAUGAAAUUUUAUGGUCGGCAGCAAAGCCAGUUAUAUAGUUACUAGUGCAACUUCAGGAAUAGACUUCAGUUGUUGAGCUGCAGGUUAGAGGAUAGAGCUUUGGGUUGGAAAAUUCUUUUGUAGCAUUCUGGCUAACGGUGAGAAGAAGUAGGCCCCAGGAUGGAUGAAUUCAUGCUUCCUCUGUAGGUUCUGAUGUGAGUAAAAGUUAGCGGCAGAUUUGAGGUAUUGUGUAGCACUCCGACUGGUUAAAAACAGAUCUGCCGCUGCAAACAUCGCUCAGCUGGUGUUGGUUGGUUUUGAUGGGACAGAUGGAGACAAUCAGGGAAUGUAAUCAGAAUGAACAUAGGCUGAGGGAUUUGUUUAAAAACCGGUUUGCGAUAGGCAAUGAGUUGAAUUUUUAGACUUUUUAAAAAUGGUUUCUAUUACUCUGUGUGUAUUUGAAGUAUACCCAAUUUAAAGUAUCUGCUAUUUGACGGUGUUUGUUUCAUAUUUUUAUGCAUUUUUAACACUGGAUUAAAUGAAUUGACAAUAAGCAUAAGCACUGCCCUUGGACCCCCCGUACAAACACUUGGCAGACUGGUACCAUGGGAACUGUAAUGACAUCAGUGGUGUGCCCGUGGUGACAGUUUCUCAUGUGGUCCCCCCCCGGUGUUGCGGUUGGAUUAAGAUGUAGGACAGGAGAGUUUGAAGAAACAGUCGACGUGCACGCCUCAUCAGGAGGGGACCGCUCAGCGAAAACUCUUUUGUAAUAAACCACCCUUAAAGCAGCAGGUUUACUAUGAAUGAGUUUGAGCACCUGCCUGUUGAAGGCGUGGGCGUUGGCGUCAGCCAGGAGCAGAGAAGCAGGAAAUGAGGAGGGCUGGUCGUGGGGGAGGGGUUGGGAGGGUGUCGUCCAGGCAUUGCAUGCAAUAAGUUUUACUAUUUGUUUGAACGGGGCAGAACGGUUUUAAAAACGUGCACUAGUUUUACCAAGCCAAGUGGGCUGUGAUUGAAUAUUCAACUGGCAUCUGUAACGGGGAAUGAUUUGACGCUUUAAAUCCUUGACUAUAUUUGAUCAAUAACCUCCAGUCAGACAAGUGAUCACUCCCUGUUUGUAACAUGACAUUGCAAAGCAAUAUUAACCCAGUUCUAGUUUUCAAAUGUGGAAAAACAAAGCUAUAAUUCUACUCAUUGUGGUUGUUGGUCUCUCGCUAUUGUGUAUCUGUACUUUUAUUUUUUUAUUUUUUUGUUUAUUUUAUUUGCUUGUAUCAAUCAGUGGGAAUGUGCAUUUGGUGGAAUAGUUAUGUAGGCUUUAGACAAUUUUCUUUAAAGUAACAAAAUAUAGACUUUGCUCGCCUGCAUGCCAGAGUAUUGUCCUUUAAAAAAAAAAAAAAAGAAAAAACUUUUUUGGAAUCAUAUUUAUUAUGAGAAAGAAAAAAUAUAAACACUUUUUUGGGGGUAAAUGUUUAUUGAUUUAGUGGGACUGUUUUAGGCUAGCAAUAUUUGUCCAGUCUCUCUAAGAUGCAUUUUAAAGAUUCCUACACAAACGUCAGUAAUUCGGGAGGUACAAGCUGUUUUCAGAGGCGAGGGGGCCCUGCUCUUUGCGUCGUGUUCAAAUUCAAACGAGGUACUUUCUUCAAACGUGGACCCGUUAAAGACCGAACCCCUCUCCUCUUUGCUAGGUUACUUCAGCGAGCAUCCGUUUUGUCUCCUCGUUCCUGGUUUGUACCUGUGGCCACACCUCUUGGCGGGGGCUCUCCUGUCUCCAUGGCAACUCUGCUGACCCCUCACAAAUGCACUUCCUCUUUGUGAAGGGGUCCCCAUGGCAUCAAGGGAGCAGGAUUACCUCUUUUUAACCUUUUUAAAAAAAAAAAAAAAAAAACGAUCCAUAACUCUGUCCGUGCCCCGAUAGAGAGCAUGAAUUAUUUUUAAAUUCCUCUCACUUUGAUAUAUUGUUAUAUCUUAACGGAUUUGUAAUUUGACAUUGUGUAUUGCGUAUUUUAAUUUUAUUUUUUUGUUUUUUCCUUUUUUUUUUGGUUCCUUUUUUUCAGGGUUUGUUAUAGCUCUGCUCUGUUUCUCUUUUUUCUGCUAGUGGUCUCUGAAGCUGUGUGUGAUUGUCUCAUAGCAAUAGAAUCAUAGAAUUGGAACAUUCCAAUUCCGUGAAUGGAACGCUCCGAUUCUGUGAAUGAACGGAACCCUUUCUGACCAGAUGUGAGAGGGCGGGGCAUGUUCUGGCUCCGCCCCUAUAGCAGAGGGCCAUUCACUCGCUGUUAUUGCUAUUUUGUGACAUGUUCAAAUACAUUUUUUUUUUUUUUUUUAGCCUGCAGGGAAUUCUUGUGUUAAUGUGCAAAGUAAUAAAUUGGUAUUUUAUGCCUAUAAUGUA